AUGGAUCGCACCGUGGUGCUCAUCACCGGCUGCUCCUCGGGCAUCGGCCUGCACCUGGCGGUCCGUCUGGCGUCAGACCCUUCGCAGAGCUUCAAAGUGUAUGCCACCCUGAGGGACCUGAAGGCCCAGGGCCCGCUGCGGGAGGCGGCCCGGGCCCGGGGGUGCCCUCCCGGCUCUCUGGAGACGUUGCAGCUGGACGUGAGGGAUGCCGCUUCUAUAGCCGCCGCCCGGGCCAGCGUGACUGAGGGCCGUGUAGACGUGCUGGUGUGCAACGCGGGCCGCGGCGUGCUGGGGCCGCUGGAGGCGCACGGGGAGGGCGCUGUGCGCUCGGUGCUGGACGUGAACGUGGCCGGGACGGUGCGGACGCUCCAGGCCUUCCUGCCGGACAUGAAGAGGCGCCGCUCGGGGCGCGUGUUGGUGACCGGGAGCAUGGGGGGCUUGAUGGGGCUGCCCUUCAACGCCGUUUACUGCGCCAGCAAGUUCGCGAUCGAAGGCUUAUGCGAGAGUCUGGCGGUCCUGCUGCUGCCCUUCGGGGUCCAGUGAGUCACCACCCCGCUCUCCGAACCCU